AGCUUCUUUUCUCCUAUAAUUUCGCCUCUGUUAGAAUACCAUUCCCCCGCGUCUUUAAACGCGGCGUUUUGCCAAGCUUUUCGCAGUGGCUCUAAUGGCGAGAUCACCAGAUCUCCAGUGUCUUCUUCAAUAAUUUAAACCUCAAUCUCUCUAUAUAUAUGCGUAGAUUUAAUCCUUUAAGUGCUACUGUUCUAAGUGCCCAUGACUGAAAGCAAAACAGAGGAAGGAAACAGAAAACGCAUUGGUUGAGAAGGGGCUUUACCUGAGUCUCUUCACUCUCUAAUGGAGGCGGGCUAGGGUUUUUACGGAUCGAAAUCAGUCAAUGAGCUCCGGACUGUGAAGGCUAGGGUUUUCGGUUUGUGAAGUGCUUGAUUAAUGAAAAGGUCCCUGAAUUGAGAGGGAAAAAAACAUGCACCUACACAUAUAUCCAAACAAAUCAAGAGUAACAAUUUCAACAAGUGUUUGCUGCAUGAAGAAUGUUAAGGGUUCUUCAAGGCGCUUCAGUUACCGUUCUCUUUUCCCCACUGUUUGUGUCCUGGCCGUGCUAUUGCCAUUUGUCUUUAUGAGAACCGCGUUUCUUGCAUUAGAAGGCGCCAAUAAAUGCUCCUCUAUCCAUUGUCUUGGAAGGAGAUUUUUGAUUGGUGAGGACAGUGCACUGACCCUACGAGAUGAGUUCCGAAGAGUGCUUACUCAAGUAGAGGGCCAGACAAUUAAUGAACGACUUGUUAAUGCUGAAUCCUUUGAUCAACUCGUUGAAGAAGUCAUCGCUAAUAGACAUGAUGUCCAAACUUUUGUUCUCAAGGUUAAAACUUUGCUGUUAAAACUGGACCGGAAGGCAAGAAGAGAGAAGCUCCAAGGCCAAAUUUACCGGCAUUUUGCUUCUAUUGGCAUCCCUAGGUCCAUACACUGUCUCUGCCUGAGGCUCGCUGAAGAGUACUCCACAAAUGCACUAGCACGCAGACCACUCCCUCCUCCGGCCAUGGCCCCCCGCCUCACAGACAAUUCUCUCUAUCACUUUGUAAUAAUCAGUGACAACGUGAUGGCAACAUAUGUGGUAAUCUCCUCCACUGUGAAAAAUUUCUUAUUUCCAAAGCACACAGUGUUCCAUGUGAUAACCGAUAAAAAGACAUGUGCACCCAUGCAUGCAUGGUUCGCCCUGAACCCUGUUUAUCCUGCGGUGAUCGAGAUCAAGGGGCUUCACCAAUUCGACUGGCCUUUGGGGGCUGACCCCCAACUGCUUGAAAUUCUGGACAUUGCAAGGCAUAGUUAUGGGCGGGGCGGCCAUGACAGGGAUCUAGUCUAUAGCUAUGAUGCAGGAAGUCAUCUUGGUGCCUCUCCCUUGGAUCAUAUCAAGAUUUUCUUGCCAGAGCUUUUUCCAAAGCUUAGGAAAGUUGUAUUCCUUGAUGAGGAUGUUGUAGUUCAGCGUGACUUGUCCCGACUAUGGACAAUAGACUUACACGACAAGGUGGUUGGUGCAAUUGAGAUGUGUGGAGAUGAACAUCAUCAAGUGAGGCCAAGAAAGUUGGGAGACUAUUUGAAUUUUUCGAAUACUGUCGUAUACGAGAAAUUCAAUAGUGAAAGAUAUGCAUGGGUCAUAGGCGUAAAUGUCUUCGACUUAGAGGCAUGGAGGGACACUAACAUCACACGCACUUACCAUUAUUGGCUAAAGCUGAAUUUGGAGACUGGAUUGAAGCUUUGGCGUCUAGGAACACUCCCUCCGGUUCUACUUGCAUUUGAGGGACAUGUGCAUGUGAUGGAUCCCCAAUGGCAUGUGAUGGGUUUGGGGUAUCAAUCAAAUAUCGAUCAGAAAAUAGUUGAUAAUGCUGCGGUUAUACAUUUCAAUGGGCCGGCGAAGCCAUGGCUCGAGAUUGGAUUCCCAGAGUAUAGAAGCUUGUGGACCAGGUAUGUGAACUAUUCAAAUGAAUUUAUACAGAGUUGUAUUAUAGCUUAGGGGAAGAAUAUAGCAAGGAGAAAGCAAAGGAAAGAAUAAGAGAAACGAGUCCCAAAUUCUUUUGUAAGCAGGAAGAGUGGAGGGAAGAAGGGCAGUGUUAACACUGUUGCUUCAGCCUUUGCUCUGACUGCAUAUAUGUGUAGAUAUUAUUUUUGUCUUGAUUAGUAAAAUGCCCUUUGUAGACCUACAAUGUAUAUUUUAUGAGAAACAAAAAAAUCAAAGCUGUAAAAAUUAUAAGAAUGAAUGAUGAUGAGAGUUAUUGCGUUCCAAAA